UUGUCCUGGUGGGCUGCGCCUGGGGCUGGCUGAAGUCCUGGCUGGGCACCAUGGAGCCCUGGCUUGAGGUGGUGGUGGUGGCUGCUGGCUCCCCAGAGCUGGGCUCGAACAGGGACAUGUUGGCCGAGGAGGGGAGCUCCCCUGCUAGGAAGAGACCUUGCUGCUCCCCACCCCGGACAGAGACUCCCAUGGAGUGGGAGCCCCUGGAGCCAGCUGGUCGGGAUCCCCUCACAUGGGGUACCCCCAGCUGGCCGUGCUCCACUUCCCGGUCCCGAUGCUCCAUUUCCCCCAGCCACUGGACCACCGACCACUGGGACCCGGCUCACGAGUGGCCCAAGGAACCGGCUGGGCCAAGAAAGUUGGCAGAUGAAUCCGCACCGGCCUCGGGGGGCCUCCCCAGUCUAGCCCCAUGCAGCAGCCAGUCGCAGCCAGCCGCGCGCUCGGAUCCCGGACCCUCUGCCUCCUGCCCUGGAACAAGGGACCUGGUGCGCCAGCAGCCGAAGAAGCCUGCUCGGUCGGAGAGUUGGAAAUCCAUGGGAAACAGAGGCCUCGCGGCCAUUGUCCCACUGGUGCAGGGCAUCCUGUCGGCCUUCGCCUCGGGCCUGAGGCUGGCAAAGCUGCUGGAGCUCAUGAGGAACCAGCACGGGGUCGACGUGGAGGCUCUGUGCCGGGCUGAGAGUGCCCCGGACGUCCUGGGGCUGCUGGCCCAGGUGCCUGGGCUGCGGGUAUGCACCCCUGAGAGGGGCCCCCAGUGCCUUAUCCAGCUUGAGAGAGCAUUGGCAGAUGAAUACGCACCAGCCCCGGGGGACCCCCCGAGUCUAGCCCCAUGCAGCAGCCAGUCACAGCCAGCCCUGCACUCAGAUCCUGGGUCCUCUGCCUCCUGCCGCCCCAGAAGAGGGGACAUGGUGUGCCAGCAACCGAAGAAGCCUGCUCGGUCAAAGAGACGGAAAUCCAUGGGAGACAGAGGUGUGGCUGCCACCCUCGCCCCCUUUCUGGGGCAUGUCCUGCGCCCCUUUCCCCUGGGCCUGGGGCUGCCCAAGCUGCUGGAGGCCGUGCGGCAGGACCAUGACCUGGACCUGACAGCGCUGAGCCAGGAAGCAGGGUAUAAAGACGUCCUGGGGCUGCUGGGGCAGGUGCCCGGGAUCUGGCUGCACAAGUCCUCCAGAGGCCGCACAUACACCUUGCACCUCCAUGCAGCAGCAGAUGAAUCUGCAGCAGCCCCGGGGGGACCCCCCAGUCCAGCCCCAGGCAGCAGCCAAUCACAGCCAGCCCCGUGCUCGGAUCCUGGGUCCUCUGCCUCCUGCUGCCCCGGAAGAGGGGACCUGGCACGCCAGCAGCCGAAGAGAUGGAAAUCCAUGGGAGACGGAGGUGUGGCUGCCACCCUUGGCCCCUUUUUGUGGAACGUCCUGUGCCCCUUCCCCCUGGGCUUGGGGCUGCCCAAACUGCUGGAGGCUGUGUGGCGGGACCACGACCUGGACCUGGCAGCACUGAGCCGGGAAGCAGGGUAUAAAGACGUCCUGGGGCUGCUGGGGCAGGUGCCCGGGAUCUGGCUGCACAAGUCCUCCAGAGGCCGCACAUACACCUUGCACCUCCAAGCAGCCCCAUGGACCCCAACUCCUGCUGACCUUCUGCUGGGGGGAGUGCUGCCCCCCAGGCUGGGAGUGUUGGAGGGAGCCGAGAGGCUGGGUGCAGCGAUUCUGAGGCAGAGGCGAGGGCCCCCAGGCUCCCACCCCUGCCUGCCUCCUUGUGGGGCCAGAGCCGCUUGGUGUGGGGGGAGGGGCUUAGGGGAUACCCCUGCAGGGGGGAUGGUCUCCUCCCACCUACAGUUGGCAGCCCUGUGAUUUGUCUGAUGCGGGAAUGUGAGGGGCUUUUUCCCUUCUCUCCCACAGAGGCCCAGAGCAGUGGAGCUGGGAGUGAAGGCCCCACCCCUAGAGCAAGUCCCCCAGCGGGAGUAGUCGGCUCAAGCACCCUCAGACCCUGGCAAGGGUUGGUCAUGUUUCUUCCCCUGCCACUUUUCUUCCCAAGCCCCAGAGGCCAAGAGGGGCCUUGUUAAUUGCCAGUAGAGACCCAACAAAGGUCUCAUGACUCCAGGAGCUGGGGCUUUAGCCCUGAUGGGCCCCUGCUCCAGGGUCCCAAACCAGCAGGUGCAGGGUAAAUGCCGCAAGGAAACAAAAACUCCCUCUUUCAACUGGAAAAGCCCCUUGUUGUGGUGGUUUGUACAUAAUUAUUGUCCCUCAGCAGCAUGCCAGCUGGCAACAGAACCCAGCUUCCCAGUCCCCCCCCUGCUCUAACCACUAGACUCCCCUGCCCCCAACCACUAGACCCCAUUAAAACCCAGUUCUUGGCCCAGUUGCUUGGGCUCUGGCUCCUUCAAAGUGUUGCUUCCCAGCCUUCCGGUGUGGCACUGGACAUCCCAGUAUAGCCACCAGUGGUGCCUGGAAAUGCCCCGGGGGCUUCCCCUAGCCCCCUGUCCCAGCUGAUCCCAUUAACGCUCCAGCACCCCCCUAGCUGCUAGGGCUGAGCCCAGUUCACCCCUGAGGCGGGGGA